AUGCUUGCUUUUCCACCUUUUGGCACCAAUUCCUCAACAUUUCUCCUAGCAGGCUUCCCUGGCCUGGAACAGGAAUACCCUUGGCUCUCCAUCCCUUUCUCCUGUAUCUAUGCUAUGGUACUCUCAGGGAACUGCCUGGUGCUGCACGUGAUUUGGACAGAGCAGAGCCUGCAUCAGCCCAUGUUCUACUUCCUGGCCAUGCUGGCCUUCACUGACCUAUGCAUGGGGCUGUCCACAGUGCGGACAGUGCUGGGGAUCUUGUGGGGACUCAGUCAGGAAGUCAGCCUGGAUGCCUGCAUUGCCCAAACUUACUUCAUUCAUGGUCUGUCUCUCACAGAGUCUGGAGUCCUUCUGGCCAUGGCUUUUGAUCGCUUUACAACAAUCUGUAAUCUUCUGAGGUAUACGUCCAUACUAACCAGUGCCAGAAUCAUUAAGAUUGGGCUGGGAAUUUUGGUUAGGAGUUUUGCAUUCAUCCUUGCUCCCAUAAUCCGCCUCAAGUUUUUCCACUAUUGCCGUUCCCACAUCCUCUCCCACUCUUUCUGCCUGCACCAGGACCUGCUUCGGCUCGCCUGCUCUGACAUCCGCUUCAACAGCUUCUAUGCCCUGGCUCUGGUGAUCUGCACACUGUUUUUGGAUGCAGUGCUCAUUCUGGUCUCCUACAUCUUGAUCCUGCACUCAGUAUUGACUAUUGCAUCCCAGGAGGAGCGAUUCAAGUCCUUGCAGACCUGUGUCUCCCACAUCUGUGCAGUUCUAGUUUUCUAUAUCCCAAUCAUUGGUCUGACUAUGGUGCACCGUUUUGGUAAACACCUCUCUCCUGUGGUCCAUGUCCUCAUGGGCAACACCUACAUCAUCUUCCCACCCCUGAUGACCCUAUCAUCUACAGUGUGA